UGUGGUUUGAUUUAAGUUUUUAAUGAUCGAGAAUAUACUCGAGAUAUUUCACCAAAAUAGGUUGAAACGUGCACAUUUAAAGAUAUGAUGGCUUCAAUAGGGGAGUUCGAUCCGCUGAACAACAUCGUUCCUGCAACUAAAAUUGAAGUAACCGUGUCAUGCAGGGAUCUUCUGGACGUGGACACAUUUUCCAAGUCUGAUCCUGUGGUUGUGCUGUAUGUUCAAGGUAUCGGGACCAAAGAGUGGAUGGAGUUUGGCAGAACAGAGGUGAUUGACAACACGCUGAAUCCAAACUUUGUGCGGAAGUUUUUCCUGGACUUCUUCUUUGAAGAGAAGCAGAACCUCCGCUUUGAUGUAUACAAUGUGGACUCCAGAAGUUCAAAUAUUUCAAAAUUUGACUUCCUUGGUCAGACCUUCUGCACUCUGGGGGAGAUCAUUGGCUCAGCGGGCGGACGGCUGGAGAAGAGUCUCUCUGGGAUUCCUGGGAAGAAGUUGGGGGCCAUUAUCUUUGCUGCGGAGGAGCUCAGUAACUGUAGGGACAUUGCUACCAUGCAGCUGUGUGCCAACAAGCUGGACAAGAAGGACUUUUUUGGGAAGUCUGACCCCUUCCUGGUCUUCUACCGAAGUAACGAAGAUGGAACGUUCACUAUCUGUCAUAAGACGGAGGUGGUUAAGAACACCCUGAACCCUGUUUGGCAGCCCUUCACCAUCGCAGUGAGGGCCCUGUGUAACGGGGACUAUGACAGAACGGUUAAAGUGGAUGUCUAUGACUGGGACAGAGAUGGAAGCCAUGAUUUCAUCGGUGAGUUCACCACAAGUUACAGAGAUUUCUCGCGUGGACAAAACCAGUUUAAUGUCUAUGAGGUUUUAAAUGCAAAAAAGAAGGGCAAGAAAAAGAAAUACAUCAACUCUGGCACGGUAACACUGCUGUCCUUCAAAGUGGAGUCAGAGUAUACGUUUGUGGAUUUCAUCCGAGGCGGGACACAACUCAACUUCACAGUAGCCAUCGACUUCACUGCUUCUAAUGGUAAUCCGUCUCAGCCCACUUCCCUCCACUACAUGAACCCGUACCAGAUGAAUGCCUACGCCAUGGCACUCAAAGCUGUGGGGGAGAUCAUCCAGGACUACGACAGUGACAAGCUUUUCCCAGCCUAUGGCUUCGGAGCCAAGCUGCCCCCCGACGGAAAGAUCUCCCACGCCUUCCCUCUGAGUGGUGACAAUGAAAACCCAAACUGUGUGGGGAUAGAGGGAGUGCUGGAGGCGUACUUCCAGGGCCUCAGAACGGUCCAACUAUACGGACCCACCAACUUCUCUCCAGUCAUCAACCAGGUGGCACGGUCUGCACAGGAUGUGACAGAUGGCUCUCAGUACUUUGUGUUGUUGAUGAUCACAGACGGAGUUAUCUCUGACAUGGUGCAGACCAAGGAGGCUGUGGUCAACGCUGCUGCUCUCCCCAUGUCCAUCAUCAUCGUAGGGGUUGGACCUGCAAAGUUUGACGCCAUGGAGGAGCUGGAUGGAGAUGAGGUCAGAGUGUCCUCCAGAGGGCGCUUUGCUGAAAGAGACAUUGUGCAGUUUGUUCCUUUCCGGGACUACAUGGACCAGUCAGGGAACCAGGUCCUGAGCAUGGCCCGGCUGGCCAAAGACGUGCUGGCUGAGAUCCCCGAGCAGCUUCUGGGCUUCAUGAAGACCAGAGGCAUCGAGCCACAGCCUGCUCUCUCCUCAUCAGAGCUGCCCAAGCUCCACAGGCAUAUCUGACACCUAUCACUGUAGUGGGACAGCACCUCUCAACACCCUAGCUGGGUCUACACACAUUUGUUGUGCACAUACACACACACUUGACAUCUCUCUCAUCUCUUCAAACCCUAUGCCAUCUCAUUGCAAGUCGAUGGCCCGUCUCCCUAACUCUACAGCGCACAUACUGUAGCUAAACACAGUACAGUACAUACACACAUAGAAUGAGUCUAUGUAUACAUUGUGUAUUUGAACACAUAGGGGUGAGUAGAUAUAGCACCCAAUGCAAU